GCCCUUGAAACUAAAUAAGACCGUUCACAAAGCAGAAGUGGGUUUCCUGGUAAUACAUUUCAUCCAAAAAUGACAACAGAAUCAAAGAAAGCUACAGCUCAGAACCUUCAGGAGAAUGAAGGACUUCUGAUAGUGAAGAUAGAAGAGGAAGAUUUUGUCUGGAGGCAGGACACUUGCCUCCAGAGAAGCGAUCCCCUCAGGCAGGAGCUCUGCCGGCAGCUUUUCAGGCAGUUCUGCUACCAGGAUUCCCCUGGACCUCGAGAGGCGCUGAGCCGGCUCCGGGAGCUCUGCCGUCAGUGGCUGCGGCCCGAGACCCACACCAAGGAGCAGAUCCUGGAGCUGCUGGUGCUGGAGCAGUUCCUGACCAUCCUGCCCGAGGAGCUGCAGGCCUGGGUACAGGAACAUGACCCAGAGAGUGGAGAGGAGGUGGUUACCAUACUGGAAGAUUUGGAGAGAGGCACUGAUGAUGCAGUAGUCCAGGUUCCAGUCCAUGCACAUGGACAAGAGAUAUUCAGGAGAAAGAUGGUACCUCCUGGACCAGCACUUAGUGUCCAGUUGCAGCCAGUGGACCCCAAGACCCUUCAUGGUUCUUCAGCACCCCUUCUGCUGGACGGUGGUAAUGAGAGUGAAAACAAUGGAUCCAUGCCAAAGUUGGACAUUUAUGAAGAAAUGGAAUCACAGAGGAUUCUAUCAAGAAGAAUUUCAGGAUUCAUGUCAGAAGGAUCUGCUGAACCUCAAGACAUCCGUAAGUCUGCAGGCAGGUUAAAGAGGCAAUGGGAAAAAGAAUCAGGAGGGUCUCAGAGACCAUCAUCUGCUCAGGAUGGAGGUUUUAGUAAAAUCCUUACCCACAAAAAUACACUGACAGGUGACAUUAGCCAUGAUGGUUGUGAGAGAAGCUUAAACCUGAAUUCAAGUGAAUUGACACACCAGAAAUCUUGUAAACACAGUACCUAUGACCAAAGUUUCAAAUGGAAUCCAGAUUUUAUUAAGCAUCAAAGAAUUUAUGCCAGAGAAAAAAUUCACCAAUAUGGAACAUCUCUCAAGAGCCCAAAUCUUAUUAAACAUGCAGCAAUUUUUAGUGGGGAGAAAACCCACCAGUGUAAUGAGUGUGGGAAAGCUUUCAGACACAGCUCAAAGCUUAUCAGGCAUCAGAGAAUCCACACUGGAGAGAGGCCCUAUGAAUGUAAUGAAUGUGGGAAAGGCUUUGGGGGGAGCUCAGAUCUUAUUAGACACCAGAGAAUUCACACUGGGGAAAGACCCUUUGAAUGCAAAGAAUGUGGGAGAGCAUUCAGCCUGAACUCACAUCUUAUCCUGCAUCAGAGAAUUCACACCAGAGAGAAACCCUAUGAAUGUAGUGAAUGUGGGAAAACCUUCAGAGUGAGCUCACACCUCAUUCGACACCUGAGAAUCCACACUGGAGAGAAACCCUAUGAAUGCAGUGAGUGUGGGAGAGCCUUCAGUCAGAGUUCACACCUUCGUCAACACCAAAGAAUUCACAAGAGGGAAAACCUGUUAAUGUAAAGAACUUAAAUUUUUAUGGAAAUGCGAAAGAAAUAGCAACAUGAAAAAU